AUAUUGAUUUGUGUAGCAUAACAGAUUCACAGAUGACAUUGGCAUGAAACAACUUUUGUACAUUGGAGACAUCUGGAAUAUUUAUCAGUUUUUUAAAGACUAGAGGAAAAUAUUAUAGAGAACAGAUAUAAUAACCCAACUGCUAUAAAUCCAGGAUUGAAUUACUGUGAAAUAUUUGCCCUGAGCAACAUUUCUCCAUCUCCUUACCUGUUGCUUUUGCAUUCUAAUUAAACUUGAAUAUAUUUCUAAAGGGGUUUGCAGCAUCUUUAGAUAUUGAUAAAGAUCACAGUUGAUUACAGUAGAAAUAUUUCUAAGGAAAAGGAAAAGGAAAUUAUAUUCUGUGUUGAGAGAAGAAAGACAAGGGAAAAGUUUAAUGGUUGGAUCCAUUUGUAUUCCUUAGAGAAAUGUCAAAAGCGUUAGGGAAAUUAGGAUAUCAUUGUAAAAUUUGUAGUAAAUCAUUCUCUACAAAUAGUAAUUUGGUUGAACACAUUUGUGUUCAAACAGGUGAGAAGCCAUUUCGCUGUGUUACCUGUGGUAAAUCAUUUUCUCACAAUGUUAAAUUAAGAACACACAUACGUAUUCAUACAGGAGAGGAACCAUAUCACUGUGAUACCUGUGGUAGAUCAUUCUCUCAAAACGGCAACUUAAGAAAACACAUGCGUAUUCAUACAGGUGAGAAACCAUACCCCUGUGAUACCUGUGGUAAAUCAUUGUCUUCAAAGGGUAGCUUAAUUGCACACAAAUAUAUUCAUACAGGUGAGCAGCCAUUUCACUGUCAUACCUGUGGUAAAUCAUUCUCUGCAAAAGACAGCUUAAUUGCACACAAAUAUGUUCAUACAGGUGAAAAGCCAUUUCACUGUGAUACCUGUGGUAAAUCAUUCUCUACGAAUGGUAACUUAACAAGACACAAGCAUUUCCAUACAGGAGAAAAGCCAUUUUCAUGUGUCACCUGUGGUGAGUCAUUCUCUACAAAAGAUUACUUAAUUUCGCACAAAUAUGUUCAUACAGGUGAGAAACCAUUUCACUGCGAUACCUGUGGCAAAUCAUUCUCUCAUGCCAGUAGCUUAAGUCAACACAUACGUAUUCAUACAGGAGAAAAGCCAUUUCACUGUGUUAUCUGUGGUAAGUCAGUUUCUACCAAAGGGAGCUUAACUAAACACAUCCGUACUCAUACAGGUGAGAAACCAUUUCACUGUGAUGUCUGUGAAAAAUCUUUUUCUCGAUUCGGUGACUUGACUACACACAGACGUAUUCAUACGGGAGAAAAACCAUUUCACUGUGAUGUCUGUGAAAAAUCAUUCUGCACAAGCUCUCAUUUAAUUCAACAUAAACGUAUUCACACUGGAGAAAAGCCAUUUCACUGUGAUGUCUGUGGUAAAUCAUUCUCUCGAAUUGGUGACUUGACUAAACACAGACGUACUCAUACGGGAGAAAAACCAUAUAAUUGCGACAUCUGUGGCAAAGCAUUCUCUCAGAGCAGCAGCUUAACUAGUCACAAACGUAUUCAUACAGGAGAGAGAUGAUUUCACUAAGGUGCCUGUAGAAAGUCAUUCUCUCAGAGAAGUAACUUAACUAGACAUGCAUCUAUCCAUGUAAAGGUGUGAUUUGGAUCAUUGUCAAAAUUCAUUAGAACACUGAACAAUAGCCAAUAUUUUAAAACCAUUUCCUCUGCUGAAUCAUGGCUUGACUAUUCUGCCCUGAACAGUACUCAUUGACCCCUUCACAGCAUGUUUCAAAUGUAAACCUGCUUAUAUAUCUAUUCCAUAUAACAUAGUUGAAGGACAUAGGAAAGAUACUGUUGUUAUGUUUAAUGUUGGGGGCAAAUAUUAAGACCACAAUCUGGGGCAGAGUUUUUGGCAUGUCUGGUAAAAUGUUUAUCAGGAUUUCAUCUGUCUUUAUAAAGUGAAGGAAAGGACCAAGAUGAAGAUUGUGUUUUGGAGCUGAGGAGAAA